AUGUUGCUGUUGUUGUCGUUGCAAAAGGUUCUACUUUUAUGGCUAGCUGGUAAUUUGAUUGGAUAUGUUAGUGGUAGCCAGCCAAGUUUUUACACUACCGAUACACAUAUAAUGGAGCUAGACUCCAGUAACUUCGAUUCAGUAGUUCACAACACCAAUUAUACUACUCUAGUUGAAUUCUAUGCCCCAUGGUGUGGUUACUGUCAACAGUUGAAAGGGAUAAUGCACAAAGUGGGUAAGAAAUUGGAUGGGUUGGUACAAGUAGCUGCUGUAAAUUGUGAUUUAGGCAAGAACAAGCAGAUAUGUGGUAGUUAUAAAAUAGAAGGGUUCCCAACAUUGCUAGUUUUCAAGCCACCUAAGAUUGAUCUAACAAAGAACCCAAAAGACAGAUUAAAUUUUGAUUAUCAUGCCAAUGAGAUGUAUAGAGGAGAAAGGAAAUUGGCCCCAAUUAUUGAUUUCUGUCUAUCAAGAGUGAAGAAUUAUGUCAAGAAAAUAUCUUCGAUAAAGAGUUUGCAAUCCUAUUUGCAAAAUGGAACCAGCCCAAUUCAUGGUGUGUUAUUUUCCAAAAAGAAUCUUGUAUCACCAACUCAAAAGAGCAUUGCAUUAGAUUGGCUAGGAAAGAUAAACUUUUCGACAAUCCCAAAUGAUAAACUAAAAGAGAGUGUUAUCGAUUCAAAACUCUCCAAAACAAACCCAAAUAUUGCUGCAUACCUUCAAGAAUUGAUCCCAACCCAAAAGAAUAAUAACAAGAGCAUGUUUGUUCUUUUUGACAUCGAGAAUGAUAAAUACUAUGUCCAUGAAGGUGAGGAUAUGUCAAAAAUAGGAAUAAGUCAAUUCAUUAUAGAUACAAUUAACGUCAAACCUAGUGAAGGACCUUUAAGUAAGAGAUUUAAAUAUCUUGAAUCAGUGAAAACUAACAAGAAGAGAUCCAAAAAAAACAAGAAAGCUGGGAAACGUAAGAAUCAUGAUGAAUUGUAA